AGAUUUUAACCGAGGACGAAAUUGAAAGAUCCAAAGAACUUCUCGUUGAAGAAGAGAGAAACAAACUGACAGAUGAGUCUGACUUCAUUGAAUAUCGAGUACGUUUAUUUUGAAAUUGUUAGUCAGAGUACGUGUAAACUUCAUUGAAUAUCGAGUAAGUUUAGUUUGAAAUUGUUAAUCAGAGUACGUGUAAACUUCAUUGAAUAUCGAGUAAGUUUAGUUUGAAAUUGUUAAUCAGAGUACGUGUAAACUUCAUUGAAUAUCGAUUAAGUUUAGUUUCAAAUUGUUAGUCAGAGUACGUGUAAACUUCAUUGCAUUUUUCUACGGUAUUCACAUGUUUUACAAUCAUAGAGAAUGCAAAGAUAUUUCGCCGAGGCAGCGUAAGAGGCUGGUAAAUAAAUGUUUUGAUCCAGCUCUCAUCCUUACUCCAAAUUUGAAACUUAAAAUACCGUAUUUCUCCAUUGAGCCCCCAGCAGCCCCGCUCCCCUUUCUAAUUAGUCCCUAAUCAAGAAUGCAGGCUGAAUAAUAAGCCCCACCCUUUUACUUUGCCCCACCCGUCUUCCAUUUAAACUAAUCUCAAAAUAAAGCGAUAUUGGAACACUAAAUGUUUUCUACAGAUUGUGUUUAUUUAAUCGAAAGCAAUAAUUUAAAUACCAAAAUAUUAUGCUUUGUUUCGUUCUCAUGAGCCCCUAGUCAAGGACCACGGGGAAAAAUAAGCCGUGAGACUAAAUAUUAUGUUAUGUGUCUAUCAAAGUGAAUUAUAUUAAAUUUACUUUCUCUCUAUGAACAUUGGUGCAUAGCAGUAUGUCCUCUCUCGUUGCAGGGUGCUGUUGGUGAGUGGGCGCCAAGUGAUGAAGCACUGGAUGUUGCUCAAAUUCCUCCCAAAGAUAAUCCUAUCCUGGGUCAUAUUAUACAGAAAUUAUUCAAUAUUAUAUAUCCUCCUGAGGUAUGGAGAAUAUAUAUUUCAUAAGAUAAUCCAAUCCUGGGUCAUAUUAUACAGACAUUAUUUAAUAUUAUAUACAACGUGUAACACCUCGUUAAAUCCUAUAGUCAUUUAAUUGGCUGAAUAUGAUGACGUGAUAUUGAAAAGACAACAACGCGAUUAUUUAUUUCGUCUUCAAUCAUUUCUUGUCUUCAUUCUAGCCACCUCCACCUACACCAGAAUUUCCACCGUUUCCAGUAAAAGCAUGUUUUCUUGGAAAGUUCUUCAGCGGCAAGACUACCGCUGUACAACGUCUUAUUGCAAGUACGAAUAAUAAUCAAUUAUUAGUUUAAUAAUGUUCUGUUUCAGGAAAUGUUACGGCGAAACUAACUUUGCAAGGCUUUCAGAAUUUUUUUUUUUUUGGGGAGGGGGGUUGCCCUGUUCCUCCCUGUGGCUUUCGCCACUGCUAUACAUGUUGCUACAAUGGUUAGGAUUCUCUUGAACGGUCUGUGCUAGUAUAGGUAGUGGCAAUCAGGGGCGUAGCAGUGCACUAAAAGUGCCCUUUUUGUGAUGAAAAGUGCCCUUUUUGUACGUCAAGCUAAUGUCGCUGAAAUACUAAAUCAAAGGUGCCCUUAAUUUGUUUGGAAAUUUCCGUGUUUUUUUUUUUAAAUUUGGUCAAAACGUGCAAUUUCGGUAUGGCGUGACGGGAAAAUCCCCCCCCCCCGUCGUCAACAUUUCCGGUGAAAAUUUUUUAGGUGCCCUUUUCAAUAUCCUAAAGUGCCCUGGAACCCCCCCCCCCCACCAAUCUUUUGAUGCUUCCUACGCCCCUGGUGGCAAUUAUAACAAAAACGUCGUUUGGUAAGGAUGCAACGACCUGAAAAAUACAUUAAGGAGAACUUCGAUGUUUUGAACGAAGACCCUUCAUGAGGAAGUUAGUGAGGUUACUCGAUAUGUGUUCUUCUGUAGGUCAUAGAGUGGUGAGAUUAUGUAUUGAUGAUCUUGUUCAAGAAGCGACUCAGGCUCACAAGCUUGACGAGACGAGAGACGAAAUUGUGGAAAAUACUGAGGUAUAUUAAGACGUACCUAGACUGUAGCUACUAAAAAUUACGGGAACCACUGAGUAUUUUAAUAAAAUAUAAAACAACGAUAACUCCGAAAAUAAACAUUUUAAUAUUCUAGCUUUCGACUAAGAUUCACGCCCGUAUUCGCACUCACACUCAAUGAGUGGAGAUUCAAUUUGAGCUUCUCUUGAAUGUCAAUGCUGUUUUUGAAUAGCUGGAGGAUGAGUAGUCUCAUAGUAAGGUACGACACUAGCCCUCCAGCUAUUCAAAAACAGCAUUGACACGCAAGAGAAGCUCAGAUUGAACUUCCACUCAUUGAGUGUGAGUGAGCUUUUAGAAUACGGGCGUUAGUCAUCAUCUACGCAGGCUAGUCAUCAGGAAAUCCUGAUGAUGACUGAAUCUUAGUCGAAAGCUAGAAUAUUAAUAUGUUUAUUUUCGGAGUUACAGAAGCUACUGCCGCAGUAUUAUUCGGUUUAGAUUUCUCUUUCACUAAAGGCCCAUUUAAACGCUGCAAUUUGUCGUGUUUCAUUCGUAUUCUGGCGUAUUGAAAUUACUGCUGAUGCAUACUGCUGCGUUGCCACACAGGCAGCCGAGAAGCCCUGGGAACGAGGAUGCUGCUGAUAUCACAAUUCCUCUUCAUUCAGUUUCUAGCGAAAUUUCAAAUGCAACCAGUCGUGUUUAUUCGAUUACAUACGCCAGAAUACGAAUCGUACACAACAAACCGCGCGUGUAAACGGACCUUAACGCUACCUCACAUAAUACGCAUGGAUUAAACAGGUAGAUUUACGGAUCUCAUUGGUUAAUGAAGUCAAAAUCUAAAGCUCUCAAUUAUACGAGUGCUAAACAUUCUGUUAGGUUAACAUUCUUGUAGAAGCAAAUCCAUUGCACGAUCCACACAGUGGGUGAGGAUUUGUCUCUUUCAAACAUAAACCUCCCUGCAUUAGAUUCGCAACUACGUGCUUACAGUCGGAGUGAAUCUGGGAAUGUUACCACAACAUCAAAAUCCGUGUAAAUUCUUGCAGCUGUGUGGACAUUAAUUUGGUGUCAAUGUACACCUUUUCAGUGUUAAAUAGAUUCAGUUGUGUGGACACCAACUUGAUGUAAAUCUACACUUUGAGCGUAUCUGAACACCUCUGGAAGGUGUUUUUACACUGCUUUGGUAACCUUGAAGCUGUGUGUACAAGUAAGACAAAGAGCCAUAUUUUGUCACUUUAAUUAAUAUUCAUAUUUUAGUCACAAAAUGAAAGAGAUGGUGAAGACAAGCCUCUUGCUCAAGCAGAAGAAACAAAAGUUUCAGAUCAAACUCGUGAUGAAACAAAAGGUACUGAUAUUUCAUUUGAAUGCCAGCGUAGGUAGCGACAAUAACACCACAAAGCUGCUGAUUGUAAACGAUUCUACUACUUGAAGAAUACAAGUAAAACUUAACGUUUCGAGCGAAAGCACCGGGAAGUUAGUAACCAAAUCUCGAAACGUCAAAGUUAUGCUUGUAUUUCUCAAGUACUUGAAUCCCUCUUAGAGUCCGCAGCUUGCACAGAUAUUUCACACGAUAUCACUCUGAGAAAGUAAAAUUUGGAAGUGGUACAACUCAGCACUGUUUGUCAAGUAAAUAGUUUCAUGUUGAUGCAAUCAAAUGGUUCAUCAGGUUGUCGUGCUCUAUUGAAUGAAUAUAGCGUUAUGCAAGUGGCAAUCACAGACGGGUAGGUGAAACACAAGUGUAUCGAUAGUUUUCGUUACAGUUGUUUUCAAUAUAGUGGACAGUAAACUAUAUUUAAGAAAAUAUUUAAAUGUAAAGACAAACUCACUUUUUUGGCAAAUGUAUUUUUCAAAUAUGUUUAAAUAAAUGUGAAGUUCCUUCGUCGCGUAACUCUAAUUCAACCGAAGAACAAACUACACAGAAUUCAUUAAUGAGUUUGAUUGGCCUGACUCAAACCUGAUAAUAUACUCGACUAACCCAAACUUAGACUAUUUUCUGCCCGGUUUGCCGAGUAUAUAAUGCUGUAUUAUUCUACCAUGUCUAAAGCCUCGUCAAGGGAGAGCCCUGGUGCUGAAUGGGUUAAGCCAGCCAGCCAGUUAUUCCAGCACUAUCAAUAGUUUUCAACAAAUAUUUCUUCAAAAUCUAGAAAACCAAGAUCCUAAUAAUGCAGUUGUACCAGAGACUGCUGAAGCGAGAGACUGUGGUGAUAAUGAAGGGACUGCAAACGAGUUAGAAGAGGAAAAGAAAAGUUUCUUCGUCAUUAAAAAGGUAGGUUGUAUUUCUCAUUCUUUUUUCCUUUUUUUUCGGAUCUACCAGCAUUUUCAUUCUACUGUUUUAGCAAUUAAAGUAGAAUUCACUUUGGUGAUAGAUUAUUUGUGUCGGUAUUUCUUUCUUGAUUUUACUCUGUACUAUCAUAUCAUUGAGUUAAUCUUUACGUUUAAACAAUACUUCGACCGUACACAUACGAGACUGUCCAUUUUUUAUUUCAUUUUAAUUCCCGGCGUCCAGUGGGUUGAUCACGUCAAUAAAUAAUACUUUAUGCCAAAUACUAUACAGAAUAGUUAAAAUGUUUUUAAAUUUAACAAUUGUGUAUUUUUUGCGAGAUGGUCUGUGGCAGUCUUUGUUAAACAUUUUUCAACUGACAGUUAUGUUUUGUCUACACAUCCGAUGUUCGACCAUUAUUUUCAUUCUCUGGUUUGUUCAGAUAAUCAAGCCUUCUUUUGUACACUGUAGGAGUCAUUUGUACGAAGGCUUGCACCGCAUAGUGAUUUGUCUUGAGUGAUUUGUUUGUUGACUUCCCACAGUCAAUAAAAGGAAACUUGGAUUUUGAAAUUUAAUCUAGGUUGUACCAGUCAACAACUAAUACACCUUAUGCAUAAUGACGUCACAAGGCUUGAUUUCCACGAGGAAUGCUGGUCUUAGUAGUCAUUGCCGGGGAAAAUUUCGAUAAUGGCCAUUUUGAAUUGUUUAAUUUUCCCGGACGAUGACUACUAAGACCAGCAUUCCUCGCUGGCAUCAAGCCUUGUGACGUCAUUACGCAUAAGGUCUAUUUAAGAAAACUUGAAAACCAUCACUGUCCGGCGGGUAGCGCUAUCUGGAUUUCGUCCAAACAGCUCCUGAUGAUUUAUCUUGGUUAUUUCAGGCGACUUCACGAGCAAUACUGGGUGAAAAAGCAUAUGAAUAUUUAAAGAAAGGAAAACAAAUCCCAGAUCAGUUACUGGUUGAUAUAGCUGUGGAUGCUAUCAGGUAAGAAAGAAGCUAAAGAACGCAUAAUUUAUUUACACCUGGGUAUAUUGAUUCACUUGUAACGCAAAAUUCAGAUGUCCAUAAGAACAACACUGUCUAGGUUCUCCACACUAAUUAUCCAGUGUUUGAAACGUUGAUAAUGUAUUGAAGAAUAUCACCACCCUGCUUCAGAUUUGUUGUCCAGGUUUCUGUAAGAUAAAUGAUAAUCAGUAAGUUGGGCCAUGCUUUUCCAGAUGUAGGGAAAGCCCUAGACUGACUAUUAGGAGAGUGCAAAUUCAGUGAACCUGUAUAUUUGAUUAAAAACAAUUUAGUCUUUAUGUUUACACAGUGCAAACCUCAGCCUGGCUUUGGCCUUAUUAUAUCGCUUAUACCGAUUGGUCGUUAAACUAAGCAAUCAGUGAAGCAAAAACUGGACAUUUCCAUGCCAUGCAAGGUCUACUAUCGUAAACACGACUUUUAUCCAAUUUUUGCAGACAAGUUCCAGCUGGAACUGGCUGGAUAUUGGACGGUUUUCCUUCAAGUAUCAACCAAGCAAAGGUACAUUAUACACAACAGUUAUAACUUACUGCACAAUAACUCCCUAAUACACGUUUGCUAUCCUAACAAAUCAAACAGGAAAUCUGCAUGCAGAAUAGUGGAUCUGGAAUUUUUUACUCUAUUAAAUGACGUGAGCAUCUGUGUGUUUGUGUGAUGUUUGUUGAUACACAGUGCUUAUUACCUUUCACCUUGAUCUGUGACGCAAUGUCAUCACACUUCUGCAAUAUGCAGUUGUUUCAUUAUAAUUUCACCUCAGUGAUCUUUCGUGAAUUUCACCUCGAGAUAUGAGCUUCCCUUCUGUGGUAACACAGGAUUAAUAAUGGACAGAAUUUGAAGAGAUUUAAAAAGUGAAUUUCAUGUAGUAUUUCAUGCUCUGUGGUAAAUCAUAUUUUCUGUAGCUGCUGGAGAAAUCAUUAACAGGUUAUGACGCAAGUAAGGAAGGAAAACCUAAAGAAACGAAGGGAAGAGGAAAGAAAUCUCGUAUUGCUCCAGAUCCACAUCCUGCUGUCGAGGUACUUCAUCUUACAUCCACGUUUAUCAUUAUAUUUCUAGGUUUUAGUCAUGAUCAGAAAAAGUACAUGACUAUAUUAAGCUCAGAUGAAACGAGAAUGAGAGUGCAUGAGAGUUGGCUGCAGUCCUCUUCUUAAUUCUUUCCCAAUACUAUCAUGCUUUUUAUUAUUGAAGUUAAAUUACCCUGAGUGCCAGAGGUUCUUCCACGCUCGCAGGGGGAUAAUGAGGGAUACACGAGUUUGCAAGCUGGGCGGGAGGCGGGCGGGAAGAACCUCUGGAACACUUCUAUGGCUUGCCAGAUCGGCAUACUUCGAAAACCGGGCCGGACUCGCACCCGGACUCGAAGAAAAUCUGGACUCGAGAAAAACCCGGACCCGAAAAAAAUCCGGACUCGUCUUUGAGAAAACCCGGACUUAACUUUUGAAAACCCGGACUUGACUUUUGAAAACCCGGACUCGAAAUAGAAAAAACUGGAUUCGAAACAAGGACUCUGUGUACGAGAAUGGAAAUGUUUUUGCAAAGGUUUAAGUUAACAUGAUCAACUGGAAUAUUUUUGGCUCUAUAUUGAUACAUAAAUCAAAGUAACGAAUAACGAUGAAUGACCUAAAAAUGAUAACCCCCCGCGCAGAAAAAGUAUAGUACCCCCUGACUAACGGUAAAAUAAUCUGACUAACAUACGAAAAUUCCUGGAUAAUUGAUGAACGCGUUGCCUAAGGAGAGAGUAUCAAUUAUCAAAGACAUGCCAAUCCACACAGCGAAUUCCAGUGUCAUUAAUUAAGCCGCGGGUGCCGCGUGUACUUUUUACUAUUUUUGAUUAGGAUGAUUGUGUGUUGAAUCGUGUUUAUGGACUUUAUGUUAAUGAAAUUGAGAAAAUAAACGUGUUUUCAGUAGCGUAUUUCCCACAUAAUGCGUGAUCGCAUGGGUAUUACCCGAGAUAUUACCACCAAGGGAACAUGUUAACAACUCAAUAUCAAAUUUAUGACAAUCCGCACAACACGCGAAUUUCUUCAUAGUCGGUUUUAGUCUUUAAUUUGUGGGGGGAAAUACUGUGUCAAUGUCUAUAUACUAUAGUGAAACGGACGACCUAUAAAUCAAUAAAUGCCUUGGUGUUCGAGGUUUAUAAGACAAAAAUUCGGCUAACUUCAUUAUCCGAAUAAAUAAAUAAAUAAAUUAAACAAUUCUUUUGUAAUACCCUGGUUCCAGAGGCUCUUUGCGAGGCGAAAAACGUUUCUUUCGCCUCUGGAACCAGGGUACUUUUGUAAUUGUAUUAUACAAAUACAACCUGCAUUAGUUAUUAAUAGCAAUGAACAUAUAUGUCAAUCAUCCACUAAAAUAUUUAAAAAUACCAAAGUGGGUGGCACAGACUUUUGAGUUGUUUUUCCUCAGAUUUUUAUUUUUUUCGAAAGGCCUGGCAUUCAGGUUAAUGGUGACCAAUUCCCACCUACUAACGGUCCCCAAGUCCCACCCACUAAUGGUCCCCAAGUCCCACCUACUAACGGUUCCCAGUCCCACCCACUAAUGAUCCCCAAGUCCCACCUACUAACGGUCCCCAGUCCCACCCACUAAUGGUCCCCAAGUCCCACCUACUAACGGUCCCCAGUCCUACCUACUAAUGGUCCCCAAGUCCCACCUACUAACGGUCCCCAGUCCUACCCACUAAUGGCCCCCAAGUUCCACCUACUAACGGUCCCCCAGUCCCACCCACUAAUGGACCUCAAGUCCCACCUACUAACGGUUCCCAGUCCCACCCACUAAUGGUCCCCAAGUCCCACCUACUAACGGUCCCCAAGUCCCACCCACUAAUGGUCCCCAAGUCCUACCAACUAACAGUCCCCAGUCUUACCCACUAAUGGACCUCAAGUCCCACCUACUAACGGUCCCCAAGUCCCACCCACUAAUGGUCCCCAAGUCCCAUCUACUAAUGGUUCCCAGUCCCACCCACUAAUGGUCCCCAAGUCCCACCUACUAACGGUCCCCAAGUCCCACCUACUAGCGGUCCCCAAGUCCCACCCACUAUUGGUCCCCAAGUCCCACCUACUAACGGUCCCCAAGUCUCACCUACUAGCGGUCCCCAAGUCCCACCCACUAAUGGUCCCCAAGUCCCAUCUACUAAUGGUUCCCAGUCCCACCCACUAAUGGUCCCCAAGUCCCACCUACUAACGGUCCCCAAGUCCCACCUACUAGCGGUCCCCAAGUCCCACCCACUAUUGGUCCCCAAGUCCCACCUACUAACGGUCCCCAAGUCUCACCUACUAGCGGUCCCCAAGUCCCACCCACUAAUGGUCCCCAUCUAUAAAGCCUGACGUCAAUCAUGAAGAGGAUAGCGAAGGUGAUCCAAGAUCGGAUAUUUUCCGGAAGCGUGCAUAUAUAUUAAUUUUAAUGUCUUGAAUUGUUAGUAAUAUGCCGUAAACCUCUGAAAUUAUACAACCCCCCUCCCCCCCCCAGAUUAAGCCCCCUGUUUAUAAGCUCACCGCAUUCACUCAGGCCAUUCCAAAUAUAAGCCCCCUUGAAUAUAUGCCCCUUCGUGUCUAAAAAGCCCAUUGGUUAAUUAACACAGCGAUUCCAACAGCUUAGGAUGAGUGACAAUAAUUAGUUUACAGUAUUGUAUUAAUGUAUAGAUUAUAAUUAUACACUCUGUAUGUUUGUAUUUCUUUUCGUUCAUGGUAUAGUUUACAGGUACAAUAAGUAUAAUUAUUACCAACAUGUACAUAAGCCCCCCCCCCCGUAGUUAAGCCCUCCCAUGUAUAAGCCCAUUGAUAUUUAUGGUCAGGGGCGCCGGAAGCAAUGUGAAGCGGCGGGGGGCAGCCAUUUCAAAAGGGCACUUGGUUCUCAGCCAUCAUUUUUCUGGGCAGCAAUAUUUGUUAAAACUUUACUGUAUGUAUACUCGAUUACUUCUGGCUAUUAUGGAUAGCAAACCAGUCGAAAUGUUGAUCAAUUUUUAGCUAUUCGUUACACAGUGCUAAAGGCGCAAAAUAAAAUCAGUAAACAGACGUAUAUACUAUAUUGCUUGAUUUAGCAUUCAUUUUACUACAACUGGUUAAAAAAUAUGCAAAGAUUGCUUAAAGGUGCUGUACAGUCCGAUCUGCGUAUGUGAACAAAGGAGCCCUCUUUUUAUUAUACAAACAAUUUAUUUAGGUUUUUAUUUCAUUUUAUGUUCUUGCAAAGCUUGAUUGUUGUGUCUUGAUAAUUUAUUACACUCUAGAAUCAUGAAAAUAUAAAUAGUUGUCGAAUAAAAUUCUAUAUUUUGGAUACCGAAAUGUAAACAAAUCCUUUGUUUACAUGCGGACUGUACUGCAUCUUUAAACAUUGCUUAAAAAUAGUUCUAAAUUCCAAUUCCUGUGAAUAAUGCACAAAUUUUGAGGUGCGGUUCUGGCAAAAAGAGCAACCUGUUGCCCCCGUGCUGUCCCUGCAAUGUUUGAGCAACGGGGGCAGUUGCCCCUGCCGCCCCCGUGGCUCCGGCGCCCCUGUUUAUAGUAUAGUUGCAUCGAUAUUUAUGGUAUAGUAAACCUGGUCGCACAUACUACAAUUUCAAUCAGCCAAUAGACACUUUGCUUGCUGACAAUGAAAACUACUUAUUUUGAAUGGAUUACAUUGUUUACCUCAAUUUCAAGCUACAGUAUUGUUUUGUGGCAAGAAAAUUCAGGAAGUGUGUAUUUAUGGUUUUGGUGUUCAACAAGAUCCAGUCUGUGGUACGAUAAGUGGGCUUGUUAUGCUCAUGUGUUCAUAUAACACCUUUUGACAGUUUGUGAUGCCAUCUUGUCAAUUUCUACCUACUCUCACAUCCUUUUUGAAAUAUUUCAAAUGCCUCAGCGGGGAAUCUUAUCCUAGUUCACGGUUGAUGGAACAUGACCAUUUCUGGAUAAGGGAAGGCUUGGGGACCAUUCAUCAGGUCAUAAAGGGUUAAUUAAUAGGUGGAACUUGGGUAUCGUUAGUAGGUUGGACUUGGGGAUCGUUAGUAGGUGGGACUUGGGGACCGUUAGUAGGUGGGAUUUGGGGACCGUUAGUAGGUGGGAGUUGGUCACCAUUAGUAGGUGGGACAUGGGGACCAUUAGCAGGUGGGACUGGAACAUGGGGACAGUUAGUGGGUGGGACUUGGGGGACUGUUAGUAUGUGGUACUUGGGGAUCGUUAGUAGGUGGGACUUCGGGACAGUUAGUGGGUGGAACUUGGGGGACCGUUAGUAUGUGGUGCUUGGGGAGCGUUAGUAGGUGGGACUUGGGGACCUUUAGUAGGUGGGACUUGGGGACAGUUAGUAGGUGGGACUUGGGGACAGUUAGUGGGUGGAACUGGGGGGACCGUUAGUAUGUGUUGCUUGGGGAUCGUUAGUAGGUGGGACUUGGGGACCUUGAGUAGGUGGGACUUGGGGCAUUGACAUGCUAAUAGUAAUUCAUUAUGAUGGCUAAAGCUCCAAUCGAAUGAGGAUGAGGGUUGCAUUUCACUCAUUCGUGUUUACCACCAACUCUCGUCGACUCUCAUCAACUUUUGAACGAGGGUUUUUGCUGCGCAUGUUACUAUCCAGUCAACUGCCAUUAUCAACUCUUGUUCUCACAACCAUGAUCUCAUCAUUGUUCAAGCUUUGCGUUUUUAAACAUGGUGACUAUAUUCUGCAAAACCAAGGCGUUUCCAGGCAGCAGAUCAACUUUUAAGAAAUGUUGACUUCUGAUAGCCUGCGUAGCAGUUCUCCCACCCUACCGCUAGGGGUGCACCGGAACUCGGUUCCAGCCGGAACCCCGAUUUUUUAGAGUUCCGGUUCCGGCCAGAACUAAUAAAAAAGCAUGGCCGGGCCAUUGACAGGUUACGUCUGCUGCAGAUUGACAGAUUAUCUUGUUUUUUAGUCUCCUCCUCCUAAAAGUGGAAUUGAUAUCGUCGUGUUGUUUGAUGUUUCUGAUGAAGUCGUACUGAGGAGAGCUGAAGGACGAACUUGUGAGUACUUUGAGAAAACAUUUCAUCUUCUUACAUAAUUCAUGAGGAACUUGGCCAAGCAUGGCAUUGUGCUUGGUGAUCAGCUUCCUCGGAUUCUAAGUUUUCAAAUGUUCCUUAAGGUGGCUCGAUACAGUUUUCAAAAAUUCAAGUGUUCAACACUUUGACAUGUUCAAACUACGCAUUUUUAGGAAUUAUUCAGCAGAUAUUGGGUUUUUUAUAUAUUUUGAUAUCUCAACUUUUAAAUUAUAUAAGUUUAGUAACAGAUAGUUCGUUGCUAUGACGACAUACGUGUACGAAAUUCACUCCAAAAUGGCCUAUCGUCUCGUAUAGUUGGAAAAAAAGCAUGGUGACCCCCAGUUAUUUUUCGUGCAUUAUUUUACUUGGACGAAAAGCUAACAAUUAGCAAAAUAUAAAAAAAUUCUGUAAUGCCAUUUUUUUGGAAAAUGCGAAAAUGUCAUAUUCUUCGGUAAAAUUUUUUUGGCAUUACAGAAUUUUUUUAUUUUUUGUAUAAUGAAAAUUUUUGGCGGUACAAUACAGCAUGCAAAAUUUGAACAUAGGUCACCAGACAAAAUAAAGAGAUAUAGCGCAUUGCUUUUCUAAAACGGAAAAUUCUAAUGACGUCAGCAAUUGACAUAAAACGCUAUAGAACACGCGCAAUGGCGUGAUAUGGCGCUCACGUCAGGUCAUUUUAGAAGUUCUUUUCAUUUUGUGAUGCACUCGAAUAAAGACGUGUAAAAUGUCACAUUUUCGAUGAACAAGAAUAGUGGCGUCAGCGGUCGUUUUCAUACGCCAGAAUGACAAUCGUUAACGACUAGACUGUACCUUGCAAAUGUGCGUGAAAACAAUGGAAAAUAUGACCAAAUUACGCCAUAGCGGGAGCGAGGGGAUUCGGCGAAAUAUUACCGGAAGUGAUGUUGAAUAUUUCGCCGAAUCCCCCUUCCUGCAGAUCUAUAAAUGAUAUAUUAUACCAAAAGCCUCCAAGUUGAGAAUAUAAAAUUUCGUGAAUACGAUAUUUUUUUAAUUAACGCAAGUUCUUUUCAAUCACAUACCGUUUGGAAUAUUUAUGAUAACAUUUUUCAAAAUUUGCUUCAAAAUUUUCAUUAUGAUGCUUUCACGUGUGAAAUUUUUUCCUUAAUAUUGUUGCUAAGACAAUGUUCUUCGAGAAAUCCCACUAUGUCAUACAAUAUAUUCAUGAUCAAAAAUUGUUGACAGGAACUGUUAGAGUAAAAAACAGCUUUAGUGAGAGAGUGACAGCUUCAUACGAUUCAUUUCUUCAUCAAACGAGAGAGUGUCAGGAAUGUUAUGGUACGACAGUUGGCCACGCCCCUCCCCUGCAUUCAGAAAUAAGAAUUGUUUCACCAUACAUUACUGUAGGGCAAUCUCAUACCCAGAGUAUGCCCGUUCGCAGGUUAGGUAGUGACUGGGUACGAAAUUCCUUAGUGUCCGAAUGCUGUUGUAAUGUACAAUGUUUAUUUAGACAAGCCUGCAAGCAGUGAAGAGUUUCAUCAAGAGUUCAAUCCUCCAUCAGAUGGAAGUUAUACAGGUUUAGGAAAGCAAGAGAAAGUUCGUCCUGUCACAGAUCCAUCAAAUGAUCGAGAACAAGUACAACAAAGGUAAUCACCGCUUUUAGUCUUUUGUCAAGCAAUCACGAGAAGGACGUAUUGCAGAACUGCGCAGAUGAUGUAAGAACAUGGAAAACUGCGCAGAUGAAUCGAAUUUCGUAACUGAGUCUAGUUCCUUCGAUAUCGAUAUAAUCUAGUAAUAAAAAAAUUCAUAUUACUAGAUUACAUCGAUAUCGAAGGAACUACAUUCUGUUCCGAAAUAUCACAUACUCGAACCGACCUGAGCGGGUAGCUCAGUUGGCAGAGCAUUGGGCUAGUAUUCCAAAGGUCGUAGGUUCGAUUCCCACUGUGGUCAGGCAUAUUUUUCAAGCUUGCCCGGUGUGGAUAUACACUCAGAGUAACAUCACAAGCAUCACAUUCACCUGAGUACACUACACCAACACAGAAACAAAAACAUGGAAGUUUUGCUUAAAACGUAACAAUGUUGAAAGUUUGAACAAUAGACCUUUCUUAUAAUGACGUCAAACGCGGAAAAACACGCGAUGUCCCAAGGGACACUUUUUAGCGACAAUUCCCAAUGCAAACCAUGUUUUUUAUGAAGCUAAUCAAGGCGUAUUUUGUACAGAAGUGUUUUGUAUCCUGGCUGUAAAUAUUCAUGAAAUAAAUAAAUAAAUUACGACAUUGGAAAGUAACAGGAAAAGUAGUUGAACAGGUUUGAACCUGGUCCAAACGCAUAAGCUAGAAUGCAGAAGAAAACGUCUGGACGUAGCAAAGACUCUUUGGUUUAUUCUAGUUUAUGUUUAAGUACCUCGUGUGAACUUUAUGCUUGAUUAAUUUUUAGGAUAACCGGGUUUGAUGACUCUUGGUCGAAGCUUGAAAAAUGGUUCAACAAAUUUGGAAUUUUAAGCAAAGUUAAUGUUGAUAAUUGCAUGGGUACGUGUCUUCAUCAUAACAUCUCACCAUGUUGUAUUUAAGUCACGUGGCUUUGCUGUUCCUUUUAUAGCGAGACGUUUUUCGAACAUCAAUUGGGGUCAAAUUCAGGGCCGUAUUUUGGUGAAAAUUUUGGGAGCAGGGUCACCGAGUAGUUGUUGGGGCCCGGGGAAAAACUUUCCCCACGGAGUUCUUUGACAUAUGAUUAGCGCACUUGCCUUUCACCUCUAAGGUCGCAGGAUCAAAUAUCAAUGAGAAUUUCUCAAUGUGACUCGAACCCAGUCCUCAUGUGAAGAGAGUAAAAGUCAACACUCUGCCGAAAGUCGUAGGUUUUCUCCGGGUACUCCGUGUUUCCUCCCACAGGGAAAGUUGACAGGGUGGGUUAGGCACAUAGGUCAGGGGGCAGAUCAUUAAUGAGGUAUGGACUAAUAGCGGCAGCUUAAAGCGCCAUUUGUAAGCUCACAGUCUACCUCGGUCUGCUUCACGCCAGUUUCGGCUCUGAUGUAACCAGUCACUGAAAAACCCUGAUAGGGAGAGUGCUGAGUAAUAUAUGUGUGCAUAUGUAUGCGUGUAUAUAUGUAUGUAUGAUGUCAUACUUGUAAAACAAGCGAAACGGUGUUUUAAGAUUAGGUUAGAAUAAUAAACAUUUGGAAAAACUAAAGAGUAAAAACCUGUAUUUAAGUGAUGACUCGUAUUUCAGAUGAGGUCUAUGAUUGUGUUACAUCACUUCUCGUCAAGACAACAGAAAGAAUCCAAGGACCUCCAAAAGAAGACACAAGUGUAAGAUUAUUAAUUCGUUUCUGUUUAAUUAACUUGUUUUGGCGUCUCGAGUGUUGAUGCAAAUACUUCAUUAUGAAUUAUAUUGUUUAUUUAGGAAGAAGCCACAGACGCUUCCAUUGAAGGUAGGACUCUUGUUGAUGGAAUAAAUUGUCACCCAGUUUCUCUCCAAUAUUUGAGUGGAUAUGCAAGUUACAAUACGUGGAUGAAAAAUAUCGUAAUACAAAGGGCAUUACAGUGAAGUGCCUUAUUAUACAAAUAAUGAAUGUUUUUAUUCGUGCAAUGGUAAGAAUGUUUUCAUUCGGUGAAAGAUGGAAUGUUCCGUUCAACGAGGCGACAGCCGAGUUGAAUGGAACAUUCCAUCUUUCACCGAAUGAGGCCGGGGCCGGCUGUUCGAAAGCUGAUUAGCUUUACCUCUUGCAAGUUAACCUAAAAUUCACCGAAUGAGGCUGGGGCCGGCUGUUCGAAAGCUGAUUAGCUUUACCUCUUGCAAGUUAACCUAAAAUUCAAAGCAUAUUUCGUAGCAGGCUUGUUGGUAAACUUGGGAAUAUUUUUCAGAAAUCUUAUCUGGAUCAUCGGAAGUUUAAUUUUCUGAAGUUUUGAAAUAAACAGACGUACUGAUUUACUGCUUGUAUUCAAAAGUCACGACCUGGAAUUAUUAUUGUCUUCACAAAGCAUUAGCAAAAAGUUUAUAGAAUAUUAUGAUAUAAUUUCGUCCUGGCAGAAGGAAAAAGCCCUACCUUGUAGCUUCCGCCGUUUCCUUUUAGUGAAACGCUUUUCUUUUCCCGUAUUUAUUCCUAUAUUUUGGCAGGCAUUUCCCCCGCCAUUUCCGCAUACCCGCACAUGCGCUUUACGUUUGACCGCGGUGUUUGUAUUACUUUGUAGUUACACACGCAACUCCGGUGAAUGAAGCUGUAGAUAUCGUCAACAUAGCAGUAGAUGAGCCAACAGAGGCCCACGAGGAUGUCGAGGACACCAAGGAUACUCUUAAUACGAAAACAGGUUUGUAAUGAGAAAUUAUAUCCUAUAGAAUGAAUGAACUAAUUCUUAAUUGUGUAUCAGAACAUGUUUCCCUUCCUUAAAUGCAGAUGGAAGCUCCGUCUCUAUACACCAUGUAUAGCCUUCAAUCUUUUGAAAUCAGACCGAAAAUUCACGCAUUGUGUUGUAAGACUGAACAAAGUUCAACAGAAAUGAGAGAAUGAAGGCGAGACUAUGCGUGUUACAUUCAGCUUGUGAACGAAUAAUGGAUACAACAAGGCAUUUUUAAUACCAUGGAGUGGUGGGGAAUUUGCCCCACUGGGCUCCUUCCUCUGCCCCACCACUGAAGAAAAAAAAUGGCCUAUUGCCCCAAAGUCAGGGCCCUAGGACCUGAGUGAGUAAACGAGUUUAACAUUGAAAAGACGUUUAAAAAUCAAAAUUUGUUGGUGAGCAUACUUAAACUUAUGUUGUGUUUGAAUGUUUAGCAUGCAAUUUAUUACAAAUUACACCAUUAGAACUUUGUUUUGAAAAGCUGAGAUUUUUUGAAAUGUGUUCUCAGAAUGCAGGAAAUGCUAUUUCAGGGAUCCACAUUUUAAAAAUUUCCUGGUAGGGCAUGCCCCAGACCCCCGUAGCUAACUUUUGCCUGCGGUACUCGGCUCACACCUUCGGCGAUCGGCAUACUAUCCUGGGGGAGUGAGGGCAAGGAAAAUGAGCCCCAGGGCCGUAGCGAUGGGGGUAUUGGUGGUUAGGCCCCCUCCCCCCAACUUUUGUAGAAUUAACAUAUUCGGAAAACCAGGUUGGCCAUUCGGAAAAUUACGGCAAUAAUAGUAUAACAAAAUUUUAGUUGUUAAACAGAGAAAAUAUAAUAUAAUUGUAUUGUCAGUAUAAACUGAUUUACGAAAUCAUGGCAUUUACAUGGAUAACAUUUGACAAAUCGUAAAUCGGUAAGUGUUUAUUUUUCGGUUUAUUACUUCUGAGGCCGUAGCAACCUGGGGGGGGGGGGGCUGCAGCCUUCCCAAUAAUUUGCUAAUAUAAAUCAUUCAUUUUUCAAAAUCAUGCAUGCAGACCUUUGUCAUUUAAAUAAUAUACCUUUAGAAUACCUCCAUUUUCAGCCCCCAAAUCAAAUAGAGCUUCCUAUGGCACUGCAUGCUACAGUAAUAUGUCUGUGCGUAAAAUAUGCGUAUUUGUGUUUGUAAAUUGCGUCUCCAUUUUCAGGAUAGCAAACACCUUCCUGGCUUCGUAUGCCAUGAAAUAUUCGGAAAUAUUUUGCUAGCUACGGCCUUGAUGGGCCCUUUGGCAGUUUUGCCCCACCACUGAAGAAUCCUUAAAAAAUGCACUGGGAUACAACUAUGGAUACAACUGAACCAAGUUGGAAAAGUCUAUUCCACUUUCGGUUUGCUUCUUUAACUUGUAAAUUUUAAAUUCAGUUCAUUAUCAAUCAUGACACUCGUUUCUGUCAUAGAUCUGUAUUUCAUCUUCUACACAUCGAGAUAUCUUUUAGACCUUCGUUUUGUAUUAAUAUUGUACAAUCAAGGUCGGUGGUUGUCAGAGCAAACGCCUUUUUCGUUUUCUCCUCCGGUUGCCCCCUCCCCCACAGAGAAUAUUUUCAGGGUGGUUUGGGAUCAAUCGUAGCAGUGCUUCACCGGGAUCAGAGAAAUUCUAAUGCAAACUUCUUGUAUUUAGUGUCGCCCAAAGCAUCGAAGAAAAUCUCCAAGAAAGAUCGUAGUCCAUCACCACCCAACAAAGCUGUCUCUCCUAAAUCUUCCAAGAAAAACUUACGACCUGGUUCGAAGAAGACUUCACCAUCACCUUCUAGAAAAGCAUCGAAGGUCAAAUCACCCACACCUUCAAGAACUGAUGCAAAGAGAGCAAAGUCACCUGGUAUGUACCACGUUUAAUUAUUGAAAUAAACUACAAUUGAUUAUCCCCAAGCCAAGUUCCGGGACGAAGGUACUAAUUCGGCACGACUAUUUACACCCGGGAAAAGGAAAGCUGCUAGUAGUAAGGUGGUCAUCUCACUGAUCUCAAAAUAUGGCGCACUGCCAGGAGUGGAAUGAUCCAACUGCUACGAUUUCAGUUGAAAACAUAUGGAAAAGUCGUUUCAUACAAUGAGCUGUAUAGCGAUUUUUUAAAUUUUACUUUAAAGAAAUGAUAUUAAGAAGAGAUAUAAGAUGUGAAAUGAUGAAAUAUAAACCAAGUUUGUUUUGUAGUUAUUUUCGUAAUACAUGUACGUUGUUUUCGGGUUUUUCACUUGCCUCCUAAAUUGCCCUAUUUCAUAUUGAACUGACAGCUUCAACAGAAUUUAAAAGAAGAAAAUUUAUUUCCAAGAGCGAACUGUAUGAUUAGAACUGAUUUCGUUGCAACUAAUAAAAAGUCUUAAGUUAAAUAGUUAAUCAGCAAAAAUGUGCAGGCGAACAAUUGGAACAGGAUUUAUUAUAAAGUUAAAUGAACAUUUUUAUCAUUUUAUGAAGCGACCAUGAUUGCAUUUUACUUUAAAUUGAAGCUUAUGAGAAUGAAGAAUAACCUUCCUACUUUAUAUAUUUUAGAAAUUGGCAGUUUAUAGUUAAAAAUGUUAAACUUUCAUUAUUUUUUUGCCGUAUUGCACAAAAAAAAUUAAAAAGUAAUGAUCGUGUUGCCAUGGCUAAUUUGACGCGAGCAAUGAUAUGAGAUAUCGUGUGGGGAGACAAAAACAACUCCACUCUAAUGAACCACCUUCAAGUUCUACAACAUAAUACUGCGAGACUUAUCCUUGAUCUUCCUCGACAUUCCUCCGCUACCGAAGCCCUUGAGUGGAAACCCCUUUACCUGCGUCGAAAAUACCACCGUUGUAUCUCUGUCUUUAAAUGUCUUAACCAUCUAGUCGACUUUGAUUUUAACUUUAUCAUGAUCUCCCAUAUACAUAGCCAUAAAACACGCCAGAAUAGCAACUACUACCUUCCACGCCCACGUACGAAUUGGGGAAAACAGCAGUUCACUUAUCACUCGGUAUCGGAAUGGAACUCAUUACCUAUUGAACUGAAACAAUCUACUAAUCUUAAUCUCUUUAAAUCCAAACUAAAACAAUUUCUAAUUAAGUUGAACAAUCUGUCUAAUUAAGUUAAGUUGUUUGUUUUUGGGGUUUUUUUUGUUUUGUUUUUUGCUUUGUUUUUUUUCGGGGGGGUGUUCUAACUAUGAAGUAUAAUUACCUCGGGUCGGUACGACACCGAGGUCAUAAAUUCGACUCCUAUUUUUUUUUUUUCCAUUUGUGUCGAGCCGCGCGCGUAGUCGAAGAGCCUGCGGAGGAGACGACAACUCCCGGUAACCCGAAGCUGUCCUUGCACAAAAUCCGAAGAUGUGAUAAUUUGAUAAACCAGAAGAUGUGAUAAUUUUGACAUACAUGUUUAGCUGGAUAACUAUUCUCGAGUAUAUGUUGAUAUAAUGCACAAUACUUCGUAUGCAUAGCAUGGGAAUACCGCGGCCAACUUUCACUUGUUAUCUAUUAUAAUUACUGACCCGAAUCAAAAGUAAUUAUUUUCGGCUGGAAGACUACUGUACGUUGCUGCUUGUCGGGACCGUAUGACAAUGAACCUAUCCAACGUUACACUAGACAUUUCUGAGGACACACAUAUAGACAUAACCAUAGGCACUGUAGUGCAUCGUGAUAGAACAGAUUUCAGUUUAAUUAAUCGCCCUAAACUAAAAUCUCCACAAGCGGAGGUCAAUUGUAGUGUUCUAGUUUACAUAUUAUCAUUAAUGAUAAGGUUUAUUCAAAUAGCGUAUUGGAUAAACACGGGAAUAGAACUUAUGGUGUGUUCUGCACAUGCGUAUAUCUAGGAUAAAAUCCCACAAGCGCAAACGAAACUAUUUCUCUAUAAAAUUGAACUGAAAGGACUCAUGGUGGCCGUUUUUGGCAGCGCUUCAGGCACUGUCACCUUCCCAUCUUGGGAUGUUCACGCUAUCGCGUGUGCAUGUCGGGGUGGCCGCUGACGAAGAUGCACUACCGCUAUUGUCUGCAUGCUGCAUUAUUUUUAAUAAUGCUGUGUGCUAUUUUUAGUCCGUAUAAAUAUUUACCUUGGGCCGAAAUUUCCCUACAAUCACCGCUCCCGUUUUUCAGUAGAAUGUUAAAAAUUCUCGACAUCCGCUGAUAUAAUGCAGAGAGAAAACAAUAGGUUUGAUGAGGGUCAGUAAUUAUUAUCAAUAAAAUGUUAAAACGGAGCUUUGAUUGACUGAUUCACCAUUUAUACUAGCGAACUAUUAAACUAUCGUGAUUUACACCAUUUUUGCAUAUUUACCAGACGAUGCCCUAUCCACCGACCCGAGGUUAACGCAGAGUCGGCGUCUUGUUAUGUAUAAUCCAUUUGUAAAUAUUUUAUAGUUUUUAAAUAAGCAUAGCUAGUAUAGUUUACCAUGUAUAAUAUAGAUAUAUAUUACAGGACCUCCCUGAAAAACACUUCGGUGUGUGGAGCUUCCUGAAUAAAUAUUUUUAUUAUUAUUAUAUUAAUGCAAGCCUGUGUGCAGUGUUAGCGAAAUAAAGGCGAGGGGCUGUUGCAUACAUGCAUUUCUAGUUAUUUCGUUGUUUAGCAAAUACCAUCUAAAGCUAAACUUAGAGAAUCUACACACCAUUUCUCCAUAGUGUGUAUUAUUUUGUUUUGUAUUUAAUUCACUUAAAAAUUCGAUAAUAUUUAUGCAUCCUCGGUAUUUUGAUGUCAGAUGGAAACAUUGCGAUUUUUCUGUGAUUUUGUCUCAUAUUCCUGUAGUUGACGGUUAUAACUCCGUGCACAAAGUCGCAUUUCGCUCGGCAUUUUGUCGUCUUAUAACACCCAUUGUGGCAUGAAAAACGCCUACUUGGCGAGAAAAUCGCAGAAAUAUCGGUACUGAAAAAAAGUAAAUAUCGAAGACGAAGGGUUUUGUAGAUGGAAAAAAUUUGACAAAUUUAUUAGGCCUAAGCUGAAGCAAAAAAAUGCAACUAUACGCCCUCGCAGGAAUCAAACCUGCGAUUCCAGUGCAGCGCUCUAUAAACCAUUGAACUGAGCUACAGAGUCCAGUUAUCCACCUGUAACUGCAAGUUAAUUCACGCAUGUACACAAGGGACGCCAAUAUGCCAUGACAAAUAUCCAAGCAGUAUCGAAAAUGUGGAUAUUGCCCAUCACCAGUGUUGAUCAUUUUCUAAUAUUUUAUUCCUAAUAUUUAAUUUUAUUGUUUCAAAUAGUAAAGUCCCCGGAUAGCUAAAGGGGACCAACAAAAAUUGUUUUUAGUGUUACUACAGGAGGAAACCGGAGUAACCGGUGUUGUUUGUAUCACGUUUGGAUUUUGUUUAUAUUUCAUCAAAUAUGUUAUGAUGAUUACGGUGAUAGUUUAAAUGCAUAUUACAGCGCAUGCGCAUUAUUAGGAUACUAUGCAAUAGUUAAUUUUAGCAAUACGUUAAGGCCGUUUUCCACCUAGCGGAAUUUUCCGCGCGGAGCGGAAUUUUUCUUGGUCUUGUGAUUUCUCGGGUGGAACUAAUGGGAAAAAAAACCCCAAAAAAUUCCGCUCCGCGUGGAACAUUCCGCUUAGUGGAAAACCUGCUUUAUUAAAUGGCGGACCAAGUUGUAAAUUUCAUUGGAAUACCCUUCUACAUGAAUGUCUGAUAGUGAUAGUGAACUUUAUUUAGGCACGAAGGCCUGUCAUCGAAAAUAAGAUGAUCUUCCCAGGCGCCGUGACAUUUGAAUUAUUUACAACAUUUACAAGGAGAAUGAGAAAUUAAAGCUAUAUAUACAUAACAAAGUAAUCCUACAGUUUAUUUUUGAAUAUUUUUAGGGAAGUGGAAUUCCUAAUUUCAAUUGGUAUUGAAUUCCAUACCACUGCUCCGUUAUAUUCGAGACUAUUUUUCAAAAAAUUGGUGUUUGGUUUAGGGAUAACAAAAUUGUAGUCAUGACCUCGUGUACCAUGACUGUGAAUUAAAUUCGCUCGAUUAAAUGGCUGUGAAAGAUAAGAUGGGCCUAAUUUGUGGUACACUUUGAACAUUAGACAAGAUUUUUGUUUCAUUCGCCUAUCUUCUAGUGUCGGCCAAUUUAAGUUAUUUAAAAUUUGGAAAGAGCGUAUUUCGUAGUUGCUCCUAGUAAUUAUUCAAGCUGCUCGAUUUUGUAAUUUUUGAAGUUUAUUCCGUAAACCUUUUCUGCAAUUAUCCCACACAGAACUACAAUAAUCAAAAUGGGGGAGAAUGAUAGAAGAGUAUAUGUCAACUAGCGUGUUAAUUGGCACCAGACCUACCUACCAGAUCACGAAUGCGUCUUAACAUUCCCAGGCCUUUGGCUACUUUUUUGGAUAUAUAGUUUAAGUGUUCUUGCCACGAUAGAUUUUCAUCAAUCAUAAGCCCCAGGGAUUUGAUGAAGAAUGUUGCCAAAUUGCAAUAAGUCCACUAAGUCGGUAAGACGUCGUUUCUCGUUUGACAUGACCUUUGUUUUUUUAAAUUUAAUUAAGUAUUUAAAGUCCCCGGAUAGCUAAAGGGGACCAACAAAAAUUAUUUUUAGUGUUACUACAGGAGGAAACCGGAGUAACCGGUGUUGUUUAUAUCACGUUUGGAUUUUGUUUAUAUUUCAUCAAAUAUGCUGUGAUGAUUGCGGUGAUAGUUUAAAUGCAUUACAGCGCAUGCGCGCACAGAUAGGAUUAGUAACUUAUCUUUUAACGAUUUUAUUGGUAGCAGUCGCAUUAAAAUAUGUAUAACUCAAAUAAUGUAUUUUUGAAUUUUUAUGAUACAAAUUAAAAAAUUAAAAUUUGCACCAAUUUACAGAUCAUCUCUUUCCUCGCGCGCCGCCGUGAAGAUGACCCUGGGGACGAGAUUGCUGAUUGACAAUUGUUCGCAGCUUUGCCAUAAAUUUCACUUCUUUCAGUCACACGUCAUACAUAUGUUGUAGUUCGUUCAAGUUAUUUAUGUUAUGUUAUGUUAUGUGUAUAGUUAUGUACAAUCACUUUCAAAUGUGUUGGGACAGAGAUGCCCCAACUGUAACUGUGAAAAACUUCUAUCCUCCCCCCCCCCUUGCCCGGUUCAAUAUUGGGUCUCAGUUAGCAUCUUACUUUGGUGUUCUAUAGUGUUGGGUAAACAACAUUGAAUGGAGAGGGGCAGGGAGAUAAAAAUGUUUGUAAUAAGUUGAAUACAUCUGCUGAUUAUCUAAAACUGCAAGUGAAAAUGAUUGUAGUUACAGAUUUAGCAAUUGAGUGAUUUAAAUAACUUGGCAUUUCUCGUUUUGAUUUAGUAAAAAAACAGGAAGUUCCAGAGGAGUUGCCAGUCGAGCCUGUUGUUCCGCCAGGUCCAGAGCCUGGGUCCAAGGAAUGGGAAUAUGUUGAUCAACCUAUUGAUAUGGUAAAUAUUUCCUUCUGAGGGCAGUAGCGAAAUGGGAAAAAGUUUAAAAUUGUUUUAGGAAAGGACUAGGAAAGUUUCUAAAAUUACUAUGACAGCUCGUCAUGGGAAGUGUCACGAAGGACAAUUUUUGCCGCAACUUUCAACGCAAUGUUAUGAAAAAUCUCAUUCCUCCCAAGUUGCUCAUCCCGCGCUAAAUUAUGGGAAUCUGGGAACGACUCGGUACAGCAUCCCAUGAGCCUUUGCGUCCUAUUCUUCUGCUAGAAUGUCAAUUCUCAUUAAGCCUGUGUUCCACUUCAACCGUAUCGUAACGUACCGUAGCAUUUUCUUUUGUGUCGAAGUCAUUAGUUCCACACUAACACUCAGGAAACAAAGAAAUACACUACGUUUCGGUUCGAUACGAUUUGAAGUGGAAAACUGCCUUUAUGGGAAUGUUUUUUGGAGUCAGAUACAAAUAAAUCUAAUCGUAAAAAUUGAGAGGUUGCCAUGAGCAUAUGAUGAUAGAAGCGUAGAAUAAAUAUGAAGAAAUUGAAAGCUGCAAAUCAAUGGCGUAACAUUGUCUUGAGGUGAGAGUAAGAGAAAAGAAGGAAUUAAAAAGAAUUGAAAAUAGAAGAGAGAAAAGGGUGAAAUAAAACUUUGUGUCCAAUGUCAAUGUUUAUUUUUUCCUUUUUCCCUCCAGCCGCUGGUGACAAUUCUUGCAAAUCGAUGGGAGAACUUAGAGAAGACUUACAUUGACACCAGUAAGAAUGUCUUCCGUGAAAUUCGACUGGAACGAGAGUUGAUAUACAGAUAUUUUUACGGCACCAGGUACGAGACAUUGUAUAAAUGAAAGAUGAAAACAAUCAGAAUGUUGUUAAUAUAUCUAAACGUCAGCAUCAGCCGCGGUGAAAUAUAAACACAUUUCUCUCUUGACGUUCGUUCGAAACAGAGACGUACUGUACAGUGUAGCCACGGGCUAUCUCCGGACAGUUAUCAUUGAUAACAUUACUCAUACAUUUUCCGUGAGAUUUUGUCGCCUUUCAUCCAGUGUUUUCCUAACUUAAGUAAGGGAAUAAGAUAAAAGAUUGUGAUCGCUAAUACACACGUAAAAACGUGUUAUUACAGAUGUACAAACAAGGUGUAACAAGGUUGUUGUCAAGCAUGGGUUCGCACUCUUGUUCCCAGUUAUUAUGUCUGUAACAAGUUGUUAAAAUCUUGUUAUGCAAGGUUGAUGACGGUAACAGACUUGCUACAAGUUCAGUCUAACAGACUAAUACAGACUGUUUGUAACAAGUUGCUACGAGCUUGUUAUCAUCAAUUCGGUUAACAAGUUGUUACGUACAGACGAUAUUAGAUGAUAACAACCUGUUCCAGACUUGUCAACAACUGGGAACAAGCAGUGUGAACGAACACAUUUUCUUGACAAGCUGUGAAAUUUGUGCGCAUGUACAGUUAGCUUGUGAAACAUGUUGUCCAAUUUACAAUCAUGAUGAUCACAAUAAAAUUCACAAUGAAUUAUAAUGAAUAGCAAAUGGUAAUCAAUACAUUAUUUAAUUGUUUUUAGAAAAGAAUUUCUGUCGUUCUUACGACGGACUGAUGAGAAAGAAGAAUAUGUGCUUCAAUGGCAGAAUCAUUACAAUGACGUCGCUGAAGAUAUGCGUGCCGACGAUGAAGUCAAGGCUGAGUUACACCAAGAAGUCGACGUAAGAUAUAUAUAUUCUUUUUAAUCAGAAAGUCUUAUUCAGGCACAUAACACAUUAAUUAGUCGCUAAUGAACUUCUACAGGGUAUGGAAUGUACAUAAUAAGAUAUGCUUGAUGAUGAGGUCAAGGGAGUUAUGUCAUGAACUGGACAUAAAAUUGCAUUUCCUGUCUACAUUCAAUUUAAUUUAGUUAAUUGCGUAUAAUGGUGCAGACAUUUGACAAUUUGAAAUCUUUUGAGUGCCUCCGAGGAGGAGGGCAAUUUGCUCUGCAUCGGGCCGACGAAGUCCCUUAUAUUUGUUUGAUAAGAACUUUUAUUAUAAUAUUUGUUUGAUAAGAACUUUUAUACUUAACGCACGAUACCAUGCCACGGUUAGAUUACCUUUAAUUCAAUACACCCUGUAUAUUUGUUAUAUAUUUAUUAUAUAUUUGUUAUAUAUUUGUUUAAGAUUUGUUAUAUAUUUGUACUGUAUUUUUCAGGACCUAUGUGAUAGAUUGUACGAGAUUUGUGACAACCGUAAAGAAAUGGCAGAAAACGAACGGACUAUUGUAAUGGAAGAAGGUUGGCUUCAAGAUCGUCUGGGAUUAUUAACUAAUCAUUAUUUAACUUUGAUGCAAAUAGAAGUUGAUCGCUAUCAAGACACAUAUCGAGGGAUGAAAGAUUAUUAUAAUUCCGCUGAAGGUACGACACCUCGUUUCAAACUAGGAUGUCAAUCCCGAAGAGGUUUAUAGCUGGAGGUUUUUCCCCGUCAAUCACAUACCUCAGACACACACACCCUCCCCCACAGCCUAAACACACACCUCCCCCCCCCAACCUAGACACACACACUCCCCCACAGCCUAGACACACACCCUUCCCCACAGCCUAGACACACACCCUCCAAGAUUAUUUAAUCCAGGUGUACUCUGAAGUCAGUCGUGUUUCUCUAUAUGGAUCUUUUUACGCUAUCUUACCAAUACUAGCAAAUAUAUACUUGAUCAUUUUCAAAAACCGUCAAAAUAUUAGGUAAGAAUCCUAUCGUACUCUCCAGCGUGUUCCCUUGGUUGACUUACGCUCGCCAUAAUUAAGAAAUGAUAAUUUAGUUUAUAAACUUUAGGCAAGAAUCCUAUCGAAGCAUACUCAGAGAACUGCCGUGUUCCUCUGGUUGAUCUACGCUUACUAUAGUUAAGGAAUGGUAAUUAUCAUAUAAACUUUUCAAAACUUUAGGUAAAAAUCCUAUCGAAGCAUACUCCGAGAUCUGCCGUGUUCCUCUGGUUGAGCUUCCUCCCAUCAUUCCUGCUAUACCGUCAUCAGGAAGUGAACAUGGAAGUCAACAUGAAGUGAAACAAACAUCAAGUAGAAAAGAUCGAGAAAAUGUUAAAACACCUGAAGCUCCAACGUCUGAAGGAGAAGAUCAUAGAAGCAGGUUAACAAUUCAUAUUUCAAACCUGUGGGUCCAGUUUACAUAGUUAUUCUACAAUAAGCUGUCGUGGUUUGUGUCUGAACUACCUGAAAAAAGAUAUCUCAAACGUGGCGGUCCAGUGUAGGUAGUAUUCUGCAAUAAACUGUCGUGGUUUGUGUCUGAACUACCUAAAAAAAGAUAUCUCAAACGUGGCGGUCCAGUGUAGGUAGUAUUCUGCAAUAAAUUGUCGUGGUUUGUGUCUGAACUACCUGAAAAAAGAUAUCUCAAACGUGGCGGUCCAGUGUAGGUAGUAUUCUGCAAUAAACUGUCGUGGUUUGUGUCUGAACUACCUGAAAAAAGAUAUCUCAAACGUGGCGGUCCAGUGUAGGUAGUAUUCUGCAAUAAACUGUCGUGGUUUGUGUCUGAACUACCUGAAAAAAUUUUAUCAUCUCAAACGUGGUGGGCCAGUGUAGGUAGUAUUCUAUAAUAAGCUGUCGUGGUUUGCGUCUGAACUACCUGAAAAAGAUAUCUCAAACGUGGUAGUCCAGUGUAGAUAGUAUUUUUUCAAUAACUUGCUUGGGUUUGUGUCUGAACUACGUGGAAAGAUAUCUCAAACCUGGAAGUCCAGUGUAGAUAGUAUUUAUUCAAUAACUUGCUUGGGUUUGUGUCUGAACUACGUGGAAAGAUAUCUCAAACGUGGUAGUCCAGUGUAGUAGUAUUUUAAUAAUGCUGUGUCUGAACUACGUGGAAAGAUAUCUCAAACGUGGUAGUCCAGUGUAGAUAGUAUUUUUUCAAUAACUUGCUUGGGUUUGUGUCUGAACUACGUGGAAAGAUAUCUCAAACGUGGUAGUCCAGUGUAGAUAGUAUUUUUUCAAUAACUUGCUUGGGUUUGUGUCUGAACUACGUGGAAAGAUAUCUCAAACGUGGUAGUCCAGUGUAGAUAGUAUUUUUUCAAUAACUUGCUUGGGUUUGUGUCUGAACUACGUGGAAAGAUAUCUCAAAUGUGGUAGUCCAGUGUAGAUAGUAUUUUUUCAAUAACUUGCUUGGGUUUGUGUCUGAACUGCGUGGAAAGAUAUCUCAAACCUGGAAGUCCAGUGUAGGUAGUAUUUUUCAAUAAUCUGUCGUGGUUCUUUUGUCCAAGCUAACGGAGGCUGAAUUCAGUGCUUUCAACACUUCUUGCUACUGAUCUCUUCAUGAAGGCGAUUAUAUUAGGUUUGCUCUAAAGCGGAUUAGCUUAAUCUUAAGUCAGUGUAAUGCUUUAUUAAGCAUUCUCUUUAUUUCCUUUAGAAUCCCUCUGGUACCCCGGCGACCUAAAUCAGGAGAUGUCGCCUCAACCAAAGAAAAGAAAGACAAACGAUCUUCGAAAGAAAAACGAGAUAAAGCUGAUAACCAAUCAGAAACUCCCGUUUUACCCUCAGAUCCUGAUGAGAGAGUAUGUUUAAACUUCUUAGUGAAGAUACAAGCUUUAAGAAUAAUUAGUUAUUGUCAUGAUUGUGAAGCAGCCAAUCAAAAGAUAUAAACUGAUAAAGUUUAUUACGGUACAAUAUUGGCACUGUGUAUCCUUGCCUAAUGAUGCCAAUUACUGCUCAACGUGAUGCAAUGUUCAACAUCACUAUUAAUUAAAUUCCGAGAACUAUAAAUUUAAAUGUGCACUCUAAAAGUAUUCGAUGGUGCUAGUAUACCAAAGCAAUAAAUAAACUAAAAUGUAUUCUUUAACUGAGGUCUCGCAGGUAAUCAAGACAGGUAGUCGCUAUUUGUCCUAUACGAUUUUACAGGCUUUUUGCAUUCAUGGUGUUUAUAUGGCUUUGAAACAUUCAUUAAUAAUUCAUAUUAAGCUUAUUGGCAAAACAUGCCAACCAUAAUAUGUCACGUGAAGAGGCUUUACCUGAUAAAAGUCAUCUUCAUUAGUAUUCUUUAUAUAAAAGUCCAUCCUAAUUAGUAUUCUUUAUAUAAAGAAUACUAAUGAGAUGGCAUCUAUUGUGGUCGUGUUUGAAGCUAUUAAAAAAACUCUUCAACAAUAUUUUUUUCCAGGCAAGUCUGGACCAAGCUGAGCAGGAAGAAGAAGCAAACAAGAUGGCGGAAGCUCUGAAAGAACGAGAGAAAGAAAAAGAGAAAGAUUCUGGGAAGAAAGGAGGAGGAGGAGGGAAGGAUAAGAAACAAGAGAAGAAAGGAAAGAAAAGUGCGAAUAAAGCAAAACAACAAGAGACACCACCACCAGGUAAUGUUUAUAAUUUAACCGAUCAGGUUACAGGGAGUAGGAAAGCAGGAGAAGAAAGGAAGGAGACCAUCAG